AUGAAAUACGCACAGUAUGUUUUCCUGGCCUCGGUCUUCUACACUGUUGAAUACAGCCUAGCUCAGACCUGUGCAGUGGAGUCUUUCUCUGUGAAAGACAAUUUUGAUCCAAAAAGGUAUGCAGGGAAAUGGUAUGCCCUGGCCAAGAAGGAUCCAGAAGGCCUUUUCCUUCAGGACAACAUCUCUGCUGAAUACACUGUGGAGGAAGAUGGCACAAUGACGGCAUCCUCCAAAGGCAGAGUCAAGCUUUUUGGUUUCUGGGUGAUCUGUGCUGACAUGGCUGCUCAGUACACAGUACCUGACCCAACCACUCCAGCAAAAAUGUAUAUGACCUACCAGGGACUGGCCAGCUACCUCUCCAGUGGUGGGGACAACUACUGGGUGAUUGACACUGACUAUGACAACUAUGCCAUCACCUACGCCUGCCGCAGCCUGAAGGAGGACGGCUCCUGUGACGAUGGCUACUCCCUGAUCUUCUCGCGCAACCCCCGCGGCCUCCCCCCAGCCAUCCAGCGCAUUGUGCGCCAAAAGCAGGAGGAAAUCUGCAUGUCUGGCCAGUUCCAGCCUGUGCUUCAGUCAGGUACUUUGGCUAAUUAG